AUGGAGAAACCAUCUUCGGAGCUAGACCAGGCCUUGAACCCCACCCGAGCCUACCCUCGAAGAUCUAACAAAAACGUCUCUCUCUGCUCCCCCAAACUCCCGACCUACCUCCUAACCGUCUUCGUCGUCCUCUUCAUUCUCUUCCAAAUCCACUCCCUCCAAACUUCCGCAUGGGCGCCUCUCACGGAGAAAUGGGAGAAAAUCCACUCGUGCCUCCCGACUCUCCAUAGUGAGGCAGAAGACCUGAAAUCCACGAUCUCGAGACUCCGUCAGUCGGUCACCUUCCUCCCCCUCAAGGACCUCCGCUUCUCGGAUGUCCCCAUGAGAGGGCACACAUGGUUCAUGAGCUCCUUGUACGACACGCAUGAGCAGGGCGAGGUUCAAUACCAGCAGUUCCCGUCUGAGUCCUCCGGAGGCAGGAUCCUCUGCCUCCGAGGCCGGGACUUCCACGACGGGUCGUGGAACUCGUACGCGCUUGCCUGGCCGGAGGCGCUGCCGGAGAACGCGACCCUGUUGCGUGGCCUCACGUUCAUCAACAACAACCACUACGACUACCACAACAUAUGGCACGGGCUGUCGGCCAUGAUGCCGUUUGUGGCUUGGCACGCCAGGAACCAGUGUAGGGCCCCCGAGAGAUGGAUCUUGUUCCAUUGGGGGGAGUUGCGGAAGAGCAUGGCCCCGUGGGUGAGGACCAUGUUGGAGGCCGUGUUCGGAAGGCCGCUCGAUAUCGAGACGUUCGAGGAAAGUGGGCCCGGGCCCACCAGCUGCUUUGAGGGGGCGGUAGUGAUGAGGCACAACGAGGGGGGGAUGUCGAGGGAGAGAAGGAUGGAGACAUAUGAUCUCAUGAGGUGCAAGUCGAGGAUGUACUGUGGGUUGGGGCCUAAGGAGGAGGAUAAAGGACUGCGGAUCGGGAUGACGAUGUUGAUGAGGGAUGGGGCCCGCUCGUUCAGGAACGCGUCCGCGGUGGUCCGGAUAUUUGAGAGGGAGUGCCGAAAGGUGAGUGGGUGCCGCCUUACGGUGUCUUACCCGCACAACCUCACGUUUUGCGAGCAGGUGAAGUUGAUGAGUGGAACGGACAUCGUGAUAUCGGCACACGGGGCCCAGUUAUCGAACAUGAUCCUCAUGGACCAGGAAAGCAGCGUCAUGGAGCUAUUCCCCAAGGGGUGGCGCGAGCUGGCAGGGGUGGGCCAGUACGUCCACCACUGGCUCGCCAGCUGGUCAGGGAUGCGCCACGAGGGCGCAUGGCGGGACCCACUGGGGGACCCCUGCCCCUAUCCGGAAGAUGACCGCCGCUGCAUGUCUGUCUUCAAGAACGGCCGCAUAGGAUACAACGAGACCUACUUCUCGGAAUGGGCCAGCCGUGUUUUGAACCAGACAAGUCAGAGGAAGAAAGCCCUCAUCAUGAAUAAUGUGUCAGCUAAUAAUCCUGUUAAAGGACUCUGUGGGUGCAGCUGA